UGGCAAUUCAUCCUCGCUGCCUGCUGCCUACAUCCUGCGUCGUACCUGCCCGCCGUCGUCGCCCCUUCUGCCCUUCUGCUUGAAAGAACCCCCGUCGCCGCCCCGCCAUUGUCGCUAUUUAACUUCUUUUUUCCCCACACUUCGUCUCUCAGCCUCUCCACUUCUUUCACCCAAAGCAGCCACUUCACGUCCCCUCCAGCGUCCCAAUUGACACCGCAACCAUGGGCAAAAUCACCACCAUCCUCUUCGACUGCGACAACACGCUCGUCCUGUCCGAAGAGCUCGCCUUCGAGGCCUGCGCCGAGCUCGCCAACGAAAUCCUCGAGUCCAAGGGCGAACCCGACCGCUACACCGGCCCCUCCCUCCUCAAGGACUUCGUCGGCCAAAACUUCCGCGGCAUGAUGACGUCUCUGUGCAAGAAAUACAACUUUACCCUCACCGACUCAGAAUUCGACGCCUACGUCGACCGUGAGCUGGGCAAGGUCAUUGAGACACUCGAGAAGAAGGCCCAGCCGUGCCCUGGUGUCGUGCCCGAGCUCGAUGCCCUCUUCGCGAAGAAGCACUACUUGCUCGCUGUCGUCUCGUCGUCGGCCCUCAGCAGAGUCGUUGCCAGCAUCAAGAAGACGGGUCUGGACAAGUACUUCAAGGACAACCACGUCUACAGCGCUGCCACCUCGCUACCCAAGCCGACCUCCAAACCCGACCCGGCCAUCUACCUCUACGCCUGCAAGGACCUCGGCGUCACCACUGCCGAGUGCGUCGCCGUCGAGGACAGCCGCUCUGGUGCCACGGCCGCCAAGAGGGCGGAGAUCCCCCUCAUCGGCUAUGUCGGCCCCUACGAGGCAGAUGAGCAGCAGACCAUGUACGACAUGCUCAAGAACGAGUGCGGCGCCAUCUAUGUCAUGCGUCACUGGGAGGAGUUCCCCAAGGCCCUCGAGGCGGUCGAGGCGGCUGUGGCGAAGCUAUAGAUUGCUGGACUCCGGCAUCGGCAUCAGCAUUAGGCGUACUGACUAGAGCGUUUGUUGCAGCAUGCGAGUUUGCGUUACGUUUCGAAUACCUUGUGAUAUAUUAGACGACCUGGCAUGAUUUAUGGUAAACAGUCUCAGCAUCAUCAUCGACGAAUAUAGACGUAGCGAAUCGAAUCCAUG